CCCCUUACCGGGCUGCGCGGGCCGCCCAGGGCCCCCGGGCUGAGACGGGGCCGGAGCGGCGCCCCGGCCGCCCGCGCGGGGUCUCCCCCAUGGUGCAGCGGGGUUCGGGAUGUCGAAGACGCUGAAGAAGAAGAAGCACUGGCUCAGCAAGGUGCAGGAGUGCGCCGUGUCCUGGGCCGGGCCCCCGGGCGACUUCGGCGCGGAGAUCCGCGGUGGCGCGGAGCGUGGCGAGUUCCCCUACCUGGGGCGGCUCCGCGAGGAGCCCGGCGGGGGCACCUGCUGCGUCGUCUCGGGCAAGGUGCCCAGCCCAGGCGAUGUGCUGCUGGAGGUAAACGGGACGCCUGUCAGCGGGCUCACCAACCGGGACACCCUGGCUGUCAUCCGCCACUUCCGCGAGCCCAUCCGUCUCAAGACUGUGAAACCAGAGUGGUCUGCUGACUGAUGAGGCAAAACAUUUGUACCCUUGGACAUAUCUCAAAAUAAUAAGAGCUAUCUAUGACAAACCCACGGCCAAUAUCAUACUGAAUGGGCAAAAACUGGAAGCAUUCCCUUUGAAAACUGGCACAAGACAGGGAUGCCCUCUCUCACCACUCCUAUUCAACAUAGUGUUGGAAGUUCUGGCCAGGGCAAUCAGGCAGGAGAAGGAAAUAAAGGGUAUUCAAUUAGGAAAAGAGGAAGUCAAAUUGUCCCUGUUUGCAGAUGACAUGAUAGUAUAUCUAGAAAACCCCAUUGUCUCAGCCCAAAAUCUCCUUAAGCUGACAAGCAACUUCAGCAAAGUCUCAGGAUACAAAAUCAAUGUACAAAAAUCACAAGCAUUCUUAUACACCAAUAACAGACAAACAGAGAGCCAAAUCGUGAGUGAACUCCCAUUCACAAUUGCUUCAAAGAGAAUAAAAUACCUAGGAAUCCACCUUACAAGGGAUGUGAAGGACCUCUUCAAGGAGAACUACAAACCACUGCUCAAUGAAAUAAAGGAGGAUACAAAGAAAUGGAAGAACAUUCCAUGCUCAUGGGUAGGAAGAAUCAAUAUCAUGAAAAUGGCCAUACUGCCCAAGGUAAUUUAUAGAUUCAAUGCCAUCCCCAUCAAGCUACCAAUGACUUUCUUCACAGAAUUGGAAAAACUACUUUAAAGUUCAUAUGGAAUCAAAAAAAAGACCGCGUCGCCAAGUCAAUCCUAAGCCAAAAGAACAAAGCUGGAGGCAUCACGCUACCUGACUUCAAACUAUACUACAAGGCUACAGUAACCAAAACAGCAUGGUACUGGUACCAAAACAAAGAUAUAGAUCAAUGGAACAGAACAGAGCCCUCGGAAAUAACGCCACCUAUCUACAACUAUCUGAUCUUUGACAAACCUGAGAAAGACAAGCAAUGGGGAAAGGAUUCUCUAUUUAAUAAAUGGUGCUGGGAAAACUGACUAGCCAUAUGUAGAAAGCUGAAACUGGAUCCCUUCCUUACACCUUAUACAAAAAUUAAUUCAAGAUGGAUUAAAGACUUAAACGUUAGACCUAAAACCAUAAAAACCCUAGAAGAAAACCUAGGCAUUACCAUUCAGGAUAUAGGCACGGGCAAGGACUUCAUGUCUAAAACACCAAAAGCAAUGGCAACAAAAGCCAAAAUUGACAAAUGGGAUCUAAUUAAAGAGCUUCUGCACAGCAAAAGAAACUACCAUCAGAGUGAACAGGCAACCUACAAAAUGGGAGAAAAUUUUCACAACCUACUCAUCUGACAAAGGGCUAAUAUCCAGAAUCUACAAUGAACUCAAACAAAUUUACAAGAAAAAAACAAACAACCCCAUCAAAAAGUGGGCGAAGGACAUGAACAGACACUUCUCAAAAGAAGACAUUUAUGCAGCCAAAAAACACAUGAAAAAAUGCUGAUCAUCACUGGCCAUCAGAGAAAUGCAAAUCAAAACCACAAUGAGAUACCAUCUCACACCAGUUAGAAUGGCAAUCAUUAAAAAGUCAGGAAACAACAGGUGCUGGAGAGGAUGUGGAGAAAUAGGACCACUUUUACACCAUUGGUGGGACUGUAAACUAGUUCAACCAUUGUGGAAGUCAAUGUGGCGAUUCCUCAGGGAUCUAGAACUAGAAAUACCAUUUGACCCAGGCAUCCCAUUACUGGGUAUAUACCCAAAGGACUAUAAAUCAUGCUGCUAUAAAGACACAUGCACACGUAUAUUUAUUGCAGCACUAUUCACAAUAGCAAAGACUUGGAACCAACCCAAAUGUCCAACAAUGAUAGACUGGAUUAAGAAAAUGUGGCACAUAUACACCACGGAAUACUAUGCAGCCAUAAAAAAUGAUGAGUUCAUGUCCUUUGUAGGGACAUGGAUGAAGUUGGAAAUCAUCAUUCUCAGUAAACUAUCACAAGAACAAAAAACCAAACACUGCAUAUUCUCACUCAUAGGUGGGAAUUGAACAAUGAGAACACAUGGACACAGGAAGGGGAACAUCACACUCUGGGGACUGUUGUGGGGUGGGGGGAGGGGGAGGGAUAGCUUUAGGAGAUACACCUAAUGCUAAAUGAUGAGUUAAUGGGUGCAGCACACCAGCAUGGCACAUGUAUACAUAUGUAACUAACCUGCACAUGGUGCACAUGUACCCUAAAACUUAAAGUAUAAUAAUAAAAAAGAAAAACAACAUUUGUACCCUUGUAGUUUUCUUAAACCACAAAUCCAAAUUCCAAACCUAGAAUGUAACUCCAGGAUAUGAAAGAUGGCAAAGAAUAAUACUACAGUGUAAAAUUUGAAGAACAACUAAGAGAGGAAUUUUCAUACUUCACUAAAUUCUCACAUCUAGUAGUUCUGGGUCAGUGCCUUUAUUGCCCUUACUUGACAUUUAAGGCAUAUAUUGUGCAUCUUUGUAAGUAAAUCUGUGUGGAUACAAUAUAGCUUUUUGAAUAGAUGUUGAUUUUGGUUUCUGAAUAAAAGUUUCUCUCCUGAUGAACCUCACAGUGGCAAAAUGAAGAUAUGAGAAGGAGAAAACCAUUUCUUGAGUGAAAAUGGUAAAAAAAAAAUUUUUUUUUUGAUCUCACGGCAGCAAACUUCCAAAGGCCUUUGAUGUUUGCCAUUUUGUUGUGAUAGUUGACUAAUCUAUAAUGUUUGGGACUAUUGAGUUUUUGUGAUUUGACAUUUGUUGUAUUGGAAUCUGAUCUGUAAACUAGUAGCAUGGCUUGAUGUAGAGCUUUGACUAAAGAGAAUGAGAGAAUGACGACUAGGAAAUAAAUUUUUACUAUCUCUUCUCAAAUGUUUGUCUAAAAUUAGUCAAGAACUUCAUUUCAUUAAAAAAGUUAAAAGUUUUUUUAUUUAUGUGUGACCUCCAAAAAUGAUCGAAUAUUUUUUGAAUACAAAUUCUGUGCCAGUCAGCACACCAGCUUUUUACAUGAUUAUCUCAUUUAAUCCUUAAAACAACCUUAUGGAAUAGAUGUUAUCUUCAUUUACAGAUAAGGAACAUUGGGUUCAGAGAGAGAAGUAUUUUGUUCAAGACCAUUUUUUCAGCUGUUAAAUAUAUGACAGAGGUAGGACUCAAAAUUCAGGUUUUGUCUGAUUCCAAAGCCUGUGUGCUUAGUCACUAUUACAAAAACAAACUCAUAGUUCUUGAGUGAGGGAAUUAUUUAAGGCUUAAGUUACAUUUACCUUUUAGUUUAAAAGACAGUAUAUGUAGUGACUGUGUAUCAUGAUGAUCCGUGGUACUGAUUAUUGAAAUCAUUCCAUAGAGGUAGGCAUGUGCAGGUUGUUGAAUUGUACUAUUAUAGAUCAAUUGUGCCUGGCACUGUUAACAUUUUGAACUGGGUAAUUAAUUUGUUGUGGAGGACUGUCCUGUGUACCAUAGGAUGUUUAGCAGCAUCUCUGGCUACAUUCACUAGAUGCGUAUACCACUCCCUUGUGACAAUCAAAAAUUGUCACGACUUUCAGAAAAAUCAUCAUCCUUCUGUCUCCAACAGAAGAAUGAACUCAUGUUUAACUUCAUGUAGGUACAGAUGGGAUAUUUAUCAAUAUGUAUAUAGUACAUAGAUUAAUAGACACACAUAUUUCCUUGUUCUGUCAGCUGACAAGGUCUAGAAGCAGUGACUGCUCAGUAGCAGUAAGCAGACCUUACAUUCAAAUCUUGGUUUCUAAUAUUCUCCAACACAAGGAACCAGGACUCCUUUUAGAAAUGGCAGGUUCUAGGACUGGGUUGGAAAAAACUACAAGAUGAGCCUGGAGCAUUUUGUAGUGCCAGAAACUAAGGAAGUUCUCACACACACACACACAAAAAGACAAAAAUCCCCCACAAUUAUGAGUAUGCCAAAGGGACACAGAAACUAACAGGAGAGCUCUCAACUGCCAAAUCUGGAAUAAUUUAUGCAAAAAAAAUAAAUAGAAUAGUAUUGGAUUAUAACCCAAAGUAUAAAACAAAUAUCCAUGAGCCCAUAUUGAUAUAAAUAAAUGAUCUCAUAAAUUAAUAAAUUGAAGUGAAGUAGACAGAUCUCCUGUGAGGAAUUCCAAAUAAUUUAUGUAACUACCUGCCCCCAAGGUGUGGGACAUAACUCCCCACUCCUUAGGUAUGAGCUACCCAUAGUGACUUCCUUCCAAAGAGCACAAUCAGUAUAGGAGAGGGAAAAAUAAUGCUCCAGUGGAGAAAUCUGAUGAAUACUACCUUAGCCAGGUAUUUAAAGUUAACUUCAGCAGUGAUAAAUCAUAUUGAUAGUGUAUGUAUCCUUAACAUGAAGUAAUAAGAAUGGCACUUUACCUUACUCGUCUUCCUCUCAAAAACACAUAACCCCAGUCUCAUUGUGAGAAAAACAUGAGACAAACUACAAUUGAAGGAUAUUCUACAGAAUACCUGUUUACUACUCCUCAAACUUUUCAAGGUCAUCAAAAACAAG